UAGGAAUCUCUUUCUCUCCUUGUAAACAAUCAUUUUACCCAAGUCGCACCCGACCUCGUUCGUUCUCUUGUACCGUCACAGGACUGUAAACCACCGUGUGAAAGCUGGCUGUUCAGCGAGUCCAAGGGAUUGCUUUUUCUUGGCUGUGGCGCACUGUGGAAUUUUAACGGACCGAGAGAGCUGAGUAUUGAGUAAUUAUCCAUACCUUGAAGCGAGCCAUGGCAACCCUGGUACAAAGUAGAGAGUACAAAGUACUUGCUACAUUGCAAUGUUGGCACGGGGUGUCCUUUGGCCCGUGGUCGCUCAGUUACCCCUUUCCAACGCAAAUCAUUUGCGGCCCUACUUUUUUUGUUGCAGUACUUUCCGUCUUUACCGUUCUCUGUCCCUCUCGAUCUUUGUGUUUCCCGAUCUUUGUCCCUCCGAGAUUCACGCACCACGGCUUGCUACUGUUCCGACCAUGAUGGGCUCGUGUUUGGCCCUCCUCACCAGCCCUCCCUUCUCUCUACACUCCUUCCGUCUUCGCCGAUCCUCCAGCUCUCGUCUCCGAACUUCCGCGACCGCGACCGCGACGACACGUUAGAUCGUGGGAUCAUCGAUGAUUCUGUCCCAAGUUUCAGCUCAUGAGCCUAUCUGGUGAUAUCGAGGUGAUCGAUCGAUCCAAUUCGACAACACGGCGCAUGCUUGGAUAGGGCGCAGUGCGCUCUCAUCCCUAGCCAAUGUCUCAAUUGGUAAGCUGAAUGGGAUGAAGAAAAUCGGCAUCGGCCUCGGCGGCCUGUAUCCGGAAAUACAAGGGGGAUUCUGCGAACAUAGGCUAAUCGUCAUGAUAGCUAUCAGAGACCUCCAUCAUAG